AUGGGAUCUGGCUGCUGCUCUGGGGGCGACUGCGGAGGUGGACAGGAUACACCGGGUCCUACCCCACCUCGUCAUGACGGGCCCUCGAUCGAGUCUGUACAAGCAAACAAGAACAACAAUAACAACAACAUCAACAACAACAACAACGACCGAAAUGACGAAGAGGAUGAUCAAGGCUGCUGUGGCACCGAAGGCUGCGACGGCGACAAGGCUUCUCGUGGUUUCCUGGAAGCAGCCGACGCCACCGCCGCCGACGAUUGCGACGACGAGACCUGCUGCGCUGCCGAUAACGCGUCCAUUGCUCCAUCCACCAAAACCCUCGAGUGCUGCAACACCAAUGAGGAGCAUUGCGACGAGAAAUGCAUUAUUGCUGCCGCCGCCGCAGAGUGCGAAAAGACAUGUGACGACGACUCUGCUCAUGACGCUGCCUCGGGCCAUGAGCACGUUCACGACCAGGACGGCCGACACGGGACUGCCUGCAACUCGCACCUCGCCAAGGCCUUUGAACAGUACAGCGCCUACCUGGAGACAGCUCGCUGCAUCUGCCGCAGCAUCCUCGAGCGCGGUUUGCCUGCGGCUGCCUGCUGCAAUGAGCAGUCGCAGCAAACCAAGCUUGCAUCCUCGCACAAGGACAAGGCCAAGAAGCACAGCAAGAACAAGCAUGGUCACACUCACGGGGCAGACGGCGCCCACGCCGAAACCACGGCCCACGGCCUGCACAAGCACGGCCAUUAUGGUAUGAAGCACCGUGCCAAGGCUACUAAAAAAACCACUGUCGACCACCACCACCACCACCGUCACAAUGACCAGUCAAUUGGUCAAGUCAAAGAGGUCGACGAGGAGUCCGACUGCUGCGGCAGCGAGCACGACAUCCACACCGCACAGCCUUUUGUUGAGAAGCACGGUGCCGGCCUGAGUUCUGUUCGUCAGGGGGAGAGAGAUGUCGAAAAGGAUGCCGCUGGGCUCGAACACAUUUCCCUGGUUGUCGACGGCAUGACCUGCUCCGGGUGCGGCAGCAAGAUGGAGCGCACCCUCAAGGCCUCUUCGGCAGCCGUCGGCAGCGUCCGUGUCAAUUUCGUCAUGGGCAGCGCCGAGUUCAGCCUGGACCCCUCACAUGGCGUCAAGGCCGAGGAGAUCAUUCGAAUCGUCGAGCGCGGCACCGGCUUCCGCUGCGCCCGCAUGUCCGACGGAGACCAGACCAUCGACGUCCUGGUGGCCUCGGUCCAGGCCUCCACUGCGCUGUCUGAACUCCAGCUCCCAGGUGUAACGCAGGUCGUCUCGGUCGACAAGAAGCGCAUGCGUCUAACUUAUGAUCCUGCCGUCGUCGGCCCGCGGACGCUGCUGGAGAAGAUUGGCGAGCUCUCGAGUGGGCUGGCUCCGAAUGAUGAUCCAUCCGUGUCCAGCGGCCGCAAGAGAUUGUAUGACCAGCUCACAAAGACAUGCGUCGCUGCCGUUCUUACGAUUCCGGUGCUUGUUCUUGCCUGGGGAAAAGAGAGCGUGCAUGUCGAGCCCCUUACUAGCGCGGCAGUGUCGAUCGCCCUGGCCACUCUGGUGCAGAUGGUUGCGGUGCCCGACUUUUACAAGCCUGCAAUCUCUGCCCUGGUCCACUCUGGCUCGGUAGAGAUGGACAUGCUGGUUGUUAUUAGCAUCACCGCCGCCUAUGUCUACUCUCUUGUGGCUUUUGGAUUCCGGGUCGCUGGCCGCCCGCUCGAGACGGAGGAAUUCUUCGAAACGAGCACUCUGCUCAUCACCCUGGUGUUGCUUGGCCGCCUUGUUGCUGCGUUUGCCCGAAUGCGAGCCGUGGCCGCCGUGUCUCUGCGAUCUUUGCAGGCCUCGACAGCGCUUCUCGUGGGACAAAAGGGCGAAGCACCCGAGACGGAGAUGGACGCCCGUCUGCUCCAAUACGGCGAUCGUUUCAAGGUCCUCCCGCACUCUACCGUGCCCACCGAUGGCAUUGUGACAAGCGGCGUCAGCGAGGUUGACGAGUCCAUGCUUACCGGCGAGGCGGUGCCGGUUCCCAAGGAGCGGCACAACACCGUUGUCGCCGGUACUGUCAACGGAUCCGGAACGCUUGUGGUCCAGCUCACGCGAUUGCCGGGCAAAAACACGGUUACCGACAUUGCCAAGCUUGUCGAGGAAGCUGCAAACUCAAAGCCCAAGAUCCAGGACGUGGCUGAUCGCGUGGCUGGUUGGUUUGUCCCCGUCGUCACCGUAACCGCCAUCCUUGCGACCAUUGUUUGGAUCAUCGUAGGCAUCAAGGUGCGCUCGUUCCCGGCAGACCGGGCAGUUGCCGAUGCUGUCACGUAUGCCGUCGCCGUCCUCGCCAUCUCCUGCCCUUGUGCUUUGGGGCUCGCUGUUCCCAUGGUCCUCGUGGUGGCUGGCGGCAUUGCUGCUCGCGGCGGUGUGGUCAUCAAAUCAGCCGAAAGCACCGAGCGCGCCCGCAAGGUCACCGACGUCGUGUUUGACAAGACGGGCACCAUUACCGAGUCCGAGCUUGACAUAACCGAAGACGAGUACCCCCUCAACCAUCUAGUCACCAAGGCAGACGCUGCCGCCAUUGCCCGUGCGGUCGCCUCUGGAAACAAGCAUCCCGUCUCCGUCGCGGUGGCCAAGCACCUGGAAAAGCAUACCGCGGCGGAUCUGACAGACGUGCAUGUGGUACCGGGAUUCGGCAUCGAGGCCAAGUACAAAGGCCUCGUCGUGCGCGCUGGCAAUCCGCACUGGACCCAGACUGAAUCGCAUUCGACGGUCGCCCGCCUCCAGGACCAAGGCAUGACCAUUUUUGCCGUUUCCCUUGCCGAUACUCCGAUUGCUUUCUACAGUCUUCGAACCCGUCUUCGUGUCGACGCCGCCGCCGUCGUGAAGCAGCUACAGCGUCGUGGCAUCUCGGUGCAUCUCGUCUCGGGCGACCAGAAGCGAGCCGUCGAAGCCGUGGCUGCUCAGGUCGGCAUUCCCCAAUCCAACGUCGCGAGCCAGUACACUCCCGCCCAGAAGCGCGAGUACGUCGCCCAGCUCAUGGCUCCGGCUUCCCAGCAGACGCAGAUGCAGAACCAGAAGCAGCAGCCCAAGGUUGUUAUGUUUGUAGGUGAUGGCACCAAUGACGCCGUCGCCGUAGCGCAAGCCGACGUGGGUGUACAAUUGGCAGCCGCGGGCGCUUCUGGCGGGUCCAAAGGCGCUUCGGCGGCCGCCAGUGAGGUCACCCGUGGUGCCGCCGACGUGGUCCUUCUCUCGGGCCUGGGCGGGGUUCUCUUUCUGCUCGACAUUAGUCGCUCCGCCUCCCUCCGCAUGAAGUUCAAUUUUGCAUGGUCUGCCGUUUACAACGUCUUGGCCAUCCUUUUGGCCUCGGGUGCGUUGGUUGCGGUUCGCAUCCCGCCUGCCUACGCGGGAUUGGGCGAAAUCGUCAGCGUACUUCCCGUCAUUAUCGCGGCCGCGACCAUGUUUGCUGCCAAGAAGGGCUGUGCUGAUGGCAGCUGA